GUCGCCAUUUUCAGCGAGAGCCAACUGUGGAUCAGUACCAAGCUAGCGUUGUAAUAAAUAGGUCACGGGAUUGACAGAUAAAUACUUCAGUUUGUUUAAAAUAAAAACUACGAAUUUGGAUUUGCAAAGUGCUUGGCACUGCUUGCAUCGGCUGAAGGACCAAUGAGCUUUAUUGACAGUUCUGCUACAACAACCAGGUAAAAUGAAGAGAACUCACUGUCUGAGGGGAACCGAGGAGGACUUUGGCGAGGGUCCGAGCCACGGAGUUCUGCCGCCCCCAGAGUUCCGAAAGAGGAAGCGGAAGCAAAAAUCGAAGGAGAAACAGUGGGAGGAAGAGGAGGUGGGUGUCGACUGGGGUCGCAUGCCUCAGGAGAUCCUGCUCCACAUCUUCCAGUACCUCCCUCUCCUGGACCGAGCUCAUGCCUCGCUGGUGUCUCGGGGCUGGAACCAAGUUUUUCACAUGCCAGAGCUGUGGAGGUGUUUUGAGUUCGAGCUGAACCAGCCUGCUAGUUCCUAUCUGAAGGCAACGCACCCGGACCUCAUCAAACAGAUCAUCAAGAAGCAUUCAAAUCACUUGCAGUACGUUAGCUUCAAGGUGGAUAGCAGCACUGAGUCAGCCGGGGCAGCCUGUGAUAUCCUGUCUCAGCUGGUCAACUGUUCUCUGAAGACUCUGGGCCUCAUCUCCACUGCCAGGCCCAGUUUCAUGGAGCUGCCCAAGUCCCACUUCACCUCAGCUCUAACGGUGGUGUUCGUGAACUCCAAGUCUCUCUCCUCCCUGAAGAUCGAUGACACGCCCGUGGACGACCCGUCGCUCAAGGUUUUGGUGGCCAACAACAGUGAUACGCUGAAAUUACUGAAGAUGAGCAGCUGUCCGCACGUGUCACCCGCAGGUAUUCUGUGUGUGGCCGAUCAGUGCCACGGGCUGCGUGAACUGGCGCUGAACUACCACCUCCUGAGCGACGAUCUCCUCCUGUCCCUCUCCUCGGAGAAGCACGUCCACCUGGAGCACCUCCGCAUUGACGUCGUCAGCGACAACCCGGGGCAGCACUUCCACGCCAUCAAGAAGUCCAGCUGGGACGCCAUGGUCAAGCACUCUCCCAAAUUCAACCUGGUCAUGUACUUCUUCCUGUAUGAGGACGAGUUCGGACCCUUCUUCAAAGACGAGAUCCCCGUGACACACCUGUACUUCGGCCGCUCGGUCAGCAAAGACGUCCUGGGCCGCGUGGGUCUCCACUGCCCCCGCCUGGUGGAGUUGGUGGUGUGCGCCAACGGCCUGCGGCCCCUGGACGAGGAGCUCAUCCGGAUCGCCCGCCGCUGCACCCAGCUGUCGGCCAUCGGGCUCGGGGAGUGCGAGGUGUCCUGCUCCGCGUUUGUGGAGUUCGUCAAGAUGUGCGGCCGCAGGUUGAGUCAGCUCUCCAUCAUGGAGGAGGUGCUGAUCCCAGAUCAUCGCUACGGGUUGGAUGAUAUCCACUGGGAGGUCUCCAAGCAUCUCGGUCGGGUCUGGUUCCCUGAUAUGAUGCCCUGCUGGUAGAGGGGAGAGAACACACACACACACACAGGUUGGGAUGUCCAACCCUCCCCUCCUUUCUGGGCUUGUGCUGAACUCCAGAACCCCUGGUCCCUAAAUGCUGAUUCCCUGCGUUUGUUUUUUUAACCCGGACUAGUGACAGUAUGUUUGCAGUAGUCAUCUAGCAGUGCUACGCUGGUACUCUAAUGUUCUGGCGAUUACGCCCCUGUAAAAAUAUUUCUUUUUUCUUUUUUCACUGUUGGUUAACAUUUUGGCUAGCUUAAAUGGCCUCCUAUUUCCUACUAGGGUUGUUUGGGCUCUGUUGGAAUGUAGUGCACUAAACAGGACUGGGUUAGGGUUCUAUUUGGGACCCUUUUAGUCCUUGCUACCUUUUUGUAAUCUGAACUACCUUAAAUGCUUCUGUCAUUAUUAAGAAAUGCUGAAUCUGUUGAUAAUAUGAAGUUGGGUGGGGAAAAUGACAGUUUAUCAGUUCAUACUGAAACACUUUGAAAAACUAAUCAUGAUUCCAGCAGAGAUCUUUAACUGUAAUUGUUGUAUAAUUAUAUAUUUAUAAUGAAUAAGCUGGCCGAGAAACUGGCCUGAAACUAAUGUUGUAAAAGGCAUUUCAGUUGACACUCUACAGAGUAAAUACUGUAUAUAUUUUCUGAUGGCAAGAAAGUGAUUAUUGUAAAAGAAUAAAUCCCUUAUCCUUUAUCCUUAGAUCCUUGUUUCACUACAAAAUGUGGUAUGUUUUUGAAAAUGUGAGCAUUGUAAAGAAUCUGUUAAUGUCAUUGGCCCAUGGUUAGUUGGAAUAAUCAAGGACAUCUGGUAAUAUACAUUAUAGGGUAUAUUAUAUAAUUUACCCAUGUCAGUUUAUUGUCCUAACCUAUAGGGAAGCUAAGUGUCUAGUGAGCUUUCUCCUCUUCACAUAUACUGUUCAGCUGUAUAUUUUCAAUCCCAAGUAAUUUAUUUGAAUGUGUUUGUGGUUAUUAAUCGCUUUUGUAUUCCUGAGUGACUUACGGUAGAUGGUGGCUUUGAUGGUGACCGUGUGUGAGCUCCUGGUGACAGUGUGAGCUUGUAGCGGUGAAACGCAUUGUGGUGGUGCUCAUGAAGUGCUCUGUCCAGGAUCAGGUUUGCCCUGCCCAUUUUUACUUUGUAUUUGAAAGGCCAAACUCAUCUUAGAUCUACUGUGUUUUAUCAGUACAGAUGCUUGGAAUACUCCAUACCCUCUCCCCAAAAUUGAUAUUUUAAGGUGUUACAAAAACCCUUGCUAAAACAUAUCUGUGUUGUUCACCUGGUCAGUGACAAUUGGAGACUUACAGUGAGAUGCUGUGAUAAAUAAUAUGUAAAUAUAAAAUAAAUAUCCGAUAAUGUAUGGAGAAGUCACCCUGCACUUUAAAUGGAAUUGUAUUUCUUCAUUUAUGUACAUAAAAAAAUGGUGAGACUGUCUUUGUAUUGUAUACAUUCAUUUCUUGGUUGGUUUCUUGGUAUUCUUGGUAGUACAUUGUAUUAAAGCUACACCAAACCUUGGUGUCCUGUGCACUGCUCUGGCCCAUUUCAUCAUGGGCCUGGGUCCAGACUGCUACACUACAGAACAGUGUUUAGACCGGUGGUCCAAUUCGGAUGCUCUUUUUUCCUUUGUCAAAUGAAAAAAAUUCAUCUGAAUUGGGCUGUGUAAAUCUAGGCAUAAGAAUUUGAGAGGCAAACCCUUUCCCAGCUGAUCUCAGAGCUGUUGUGGCUAAAGUCACUAUGUCUGUGUCCCAAAUGGAAUCCUAUUCCCUGUAUAGUGAAGACAGGGUCCUUUACCUUGGUGCAAAACAGUGGGACUAGUGUGUUUCUGUUGUGGGAGGCGGACAAGUUCAUGAGCUCUUCGUGUUCACUUUAACAUUCGCAUACCAGCGAUUGACUUGUAGUCACACUGACAGCUGUAGAAACCACGUUGCUCUUGCCUUUUCUAAAUAAACGAUUGUUGAUGUGAUUUUG